GACCGGAGCUCCACUGUGUGCAGUGAGUGGGGUUGAGAGCGCAGUGCCGGGCGGCAUGUGAGCGGGUUAUGAGUCGGGGGCGGCUGGAGAACACCACAACUCCAAUAAAGUAAUGUCAGGCUGGUUAGGAGAUGGAGAGGUGCUGGAGGCUCAGGGCAGUGGCCAGGCAUCUCCUCGUAGUCCUAGAUUCAGGACCCCAACAUCAGGGAGAGGGGCAAGGCCCUCACCCGACAGUGCAGCCUUCCAGCCCCCGCAGGAAACUAUGAGGAAAGCCAAAGAGCUGUUUGGGCUGUGUGAUAAAGAGAAAAAGGGCUUCAUCACCAAGAGAGACUUGCAGCGGUUGCAAGGAGAGGUGCCUCUGACCCCAGAACAGUUGGAGUCUGUGUUUGAGAGUUUGGACCGUGACCGAAACGGCUUCCUCACACCCCUCGAGUUUCACACAGGCCUAGGUGAGCUGGUAGAAGAGUGUGAGGAAAAAGAUCCAGCAGAGCUCAGGUUCACACAGAUUCUUAUUGCGCUUGGAGCAGAUAAACUCCUGAAAGAUCAGUGGGAGCUGUGUUCUCUUUGGUGUGAUUUGCAGAAAGACAGGCCUGAGUUGUUGAAUGUGUUGGAGGAAAUUCUUUCCCACGCCGUGGCUCAUCUUCAGGAUGCGCUGAGAGAGAGGGACAAUUUGGAAGAGACACUGCGAAGACGAGAAGACGACCAUGACCGAGUGGUGCGCUCGCUUUACGAAGACCUCGAGAACCAACUCAAAGAAGAGCGAGAGAAGCGACUCACUCUAGACGGUGCGAGACAGGGAGACAGAAGAGAGCAGCUGCUGCAGGAGCUGAGGAUGAGAGAGCAGGAACUAGAAUUCACAUUGACCAAGCAGAAAGAGCUGGAGACUAGGAUCAAGGCUCUGUGCCAGGACCAGGCGAACACUCGGGGACAGAACCAAAGGCUGCAGCUCGUGAAUGCAGAUUUGCGGGAACAGUUAGAGGUGAGCCGGGAGGAGCUACAGAAAGCCCUUAACCAGCUGCAGAUCCUGCAGGAAACACUCACAGAUCAGCAGGAGGGCAAGCAGAGACAAGUGCUGAAAGUCUCCAGAAACAUGCAGAAAGAGAGAGAGAGCCUGAUGAGGCAGCUGGAUCUGCUCAAGGACAUGAACAGGCGUCUGCGGGAUGAGAAGGACGCACAGCAGGAUCAGAAGAGGACGCCUAAGAUGAAGAGACCUUUAGAGAAGAAAGGAUCAGUAAUCGGAGACUAUUUGCUGGCCAAGAAACCUGGAAACAGACAGGUCAGUUUUGUUGGUCAGAUGAAGAAGAGCUCACCUGAUGUGAUUGCUGAGGCAGAGCUAACACUGUCAGAGAAAAACCACGAAGCGGAUACAUACAGCAAAACGGGUGGAGUAAGUGGUCCAAAGCGUGUGUUUAAGGUUGUGUUUUUAGGCAGUUCAGGAGUUGGUAAGAGCUCAUUCAUCCAUCAUUACUGCAGAGGGCACUUCCCCAAUAAAAUGAGCACUACUGUAGGUAUGGACUUCCAGGUGAGAAGUCUAGUGCUCGACUCCACCCAAAUUGCUCUCCAGCUUUGGGAUACAGCAGGGCAAGAGAGAUUCCACAGCAUCACAACACAGUAUUACCGUAAAGCAGAUGGGAUCCUGGUCAUGUAUGAUGUGACUCAGACCACCUCGCUCCUAGCAGUGCGUGAUUGGCUCGACCAGGUACAGAAGAACAUGGCUGAUGGUGCAUGUGUGAUGCUGCUAGGCAACAAGAUGGAUAUGGAGGAUGGAGGAGGAAGGCAGGUGACCACCAUGCAGGGACAGAAACUGGCUGAGGAGUACCAGGCUGAGUUCUUUGAAUGCAGUGCUAAAAGUGGCUAUAAUAUCCAAGAGGCUAUGACACAUCUGGCUAGACUGAUGGGGACCCAGCAAGACGAACAGUGCGAGUCUGUACUUCACUCUCUGGACAACUCAAGCCAGAGGGGGCACUGCUGCACAUAGGUGGAGAGAGAGCGCCAUGGCACGAGGACCCACUACUGAUAAAACCCAGUCACAUGGUCAUGCCACUACUGUUAAACUGCCUGCAGCAUAUCAGAAAGAACAUGUGAAAAUUCUCCUGAAGUAUUUCUGCACAUGAUUCAACUAUUUUGGACAGUUUUUCCUUGUUGUUGUGAUUUUUUUUUCAGUAUAUUCUGCCCAGAUCAAGAAUUAUGUCAGCAUUGAACAAACAUGGCCAUAACUAGAGUUUAUCACUAGCCAUACUGAUAUAAGACAGUUAUAAUACAUAUAUAAACAUCUAUAUAUAAAUAUACACUCAUUGGCCACUUUAAUAGGAACGUGUUCUUGAUUCUAAGAUUCCUGUUCUUGGCUGCAGGAGUGGAACCCAAUGUGGUCUUCUGCUGUUGCAUGCUGAGAUGCUUUUCUGCUCACCAUGGUUGCAAAGAGUUGCUAUGUGUUGCUAUAUCCUUCCUGGUAGCUCAAACCAGUCUGGCCAUUUUCCUCUGACCUCUCAUCAACAAAACAUUUCCACUCGCAGAACUGUCACGCAAUAUUUUUUUUUGUUUCUCGCACCAUUCUGUGUAACCUCUAGAGACUAUUAUGUGUGAAAAGCCCAGGAGAUCAACAGUUUCUGAAAUACUCAGACCAGUUCAUGUGGCUCUAACCAACACCCAUGCCACAGUGAAAGUCACACUUUGAGAUCAAAAUUUUUCCCAUUCCGAUGUUUGAAGUGAACAUUAACUGAAGCGCUUGAUUUGUAUCUGCAUGAUUUUAUGCAUUGUGCUGCUGUCAAGGGAUUGGCUGAUUAGAGAACUGCAUAAAACAGCAGGCGGAUGGGUGUUCCUAAUAAAGUGGCUGGUCAGUCUACAGUGAA